UUUGGCUAGUUAAGAAAUCUAUACCGAAAUAAUAUUUUUGUUAAACUCAAAAGUAUUUGCUAAACAAAAAUAACCGAAACACGGCAUCAAUAAUCUAUUAACCACUUCAAAGAAGCUAAAAAUGCAUGAAAAUAAGUAAAGGCAAUUAUUUAUUUAUGUCACGUAUUCCCUCCUACAACUUAGGUAAACUUUGGUCCAUAUAAAAAGGCUGGAAUGGCUGUAAGCUUUCAUUCUGAUGUUCGCACUCAGGCGGCCAUCUUGCAGCUGUCAAGUUUGGCGCGUUUUACGUUCCGUUUAAACGAACAAAAAUGCGUAAACUUACAGCUAUUGUUUCUCUGAUGCUUAUAGCGACGUGGUCGCAGGCCGAUACAAGGCGACAAAAGAAAGAAGUUUCAUCGUCAGAGGACUUCAGAACAGGUAAUUUGUUAGCAGCUGGCUUGUCGUGCGACUCCUGUGGCAGUGAAUGUGCGGCUGCGUGCGGCACUCGACAUUUCAGGGCCUGCUGUUUUAACUACUUGAGAAGGAAACGAGGACCUGAACAUGUUAAAUUACAACAGAAUCUUCGAGAUGUGAAAGAUAGAAGUCAUAAAGCGAAUUUACCUAUUGUCGUAUUGGAAAUUCCAGAAGAAUGGCGGGAAACUGUAUUUCCAAGCGAUUUCAAACCUUAUUUCUAUGAUGAUACGUUCGAUAAUAGGUUGGAUGCAAACUAUGACGUUUAAAAAUUUACAAACGCUGCAAUACUGUAUACACUCCGUGGGCAUUUUAGGUAAAAUACUGAUCUCUCUUGAAUAGAUAUUGCUUGGAAAUGACUACUUUUUCUUUUUUUCUACUUAAAGGCGUCUGUUGAUCACCUUACCGAUAAUUAUGUCUCUGUUCGUAUUAUGUUAGAAUUUUUAAAACCGGUGUUAACCGCAACCGUCAGCGCCAUGGCGGAAAUCAAAUAGGCACUAAAUAUCACCAUUUAUAUCCGGUCCACGUGUCAUCGUGUAGCCGGUGAGGCAAAAGCAAUUGUGACGUUCGGACAGUAUUUUUAUUUUGUAAUACGAUUUGUCUGGCCCGAUGAUAGACUUUUCGCUGUUAUUUAUUUCAGAAAAUACAUAAAAAUAAUAUAUUCAUAGAAAUAGACACACAAGAUAAUUUCCAGACAAUCUUAUAGCUGCGCUAGUGAGCUAUUUAAUUUAGUUUUUGCUCAUCGGGUUAGACAAAGAAUUUUGUA